AUGCGAAAUACUGCGUCGGACAUCGAACUAAGAUUUCACAAGCUUUCCGGUUUUCCAUCGCUCGCGAGCUUCAUUGCGAGUGAUCGCGAUCGCACAACCUUCGUGUACAAGCGCUUCGACGAGUUGGCGGCGCGCAAUUUACUGUAUCUGCAGAGCGAACUUGCUGAGUUGCAAUCGAAGCAACGAGGGUUCGAUGAUGACGAUCUUGUAGCUGAUCUCGCUACUAAACAAUGUGCUCGUAACUACGCAGAGUUCAUGAGAGCAGCGAAAGAUGCAGGAAACGAAAGACAAAAGGAAAGAAAGGCGCUGAUGUUAGAGAUCCGCCAAACGAUGAAAGACUAUCGAGAAGCUUUGAUGUUCGAGAGCACGAUGGCAACGAUGCCGGCUCCCUCGAAGAGUGUCCUGCGUGCUUUUCAAGAAGAGUACUAUAACAGACAUGACGGAGACAAUGAACCAUUCCCUACACUUGGCGGAAGUAGUGCUGGCGUGUACGACGAGAUUGAUGAUUUGGUAGCAUUGAGAGUGCUUGAGAGUCCAGACAGGCUGACGCACUUUGCACAUGAACAUCUAGCGUUCCUGUUCCCGGACCGCAAGCGAUCAAGAUACGGGAUCGCAUACGCUUCCGAUCGUGCGAUUGAGUCCUUCGUGGCAUAG